GCUUGAGGCUGCCAAAUUUUCUAUGCCUAUAAGGUGAUAUAUCGCUAGUUAAUUGUCACUACUGCCGCGCAUGCGCGAAAAAUCCAUCUUGCUCCCGCCAGCCAACACUGUAGCCAGUAUCUAGUUUCCUGUAUGUAUCCGAUCGGUGAUGGUCAGUGGUUUGUCAACAGUUGUCAACAACAGUCAUCAACCGUGCUGCAAGGAUAUCGCAUUGUUACGGCAAGAGAUUACUUGGAUUUUCAAACAAAGAAAGAAAGAGAGAGAUUCCUGUCCGUAAAGACUAAAUCUUAUAUCUGAACGAUUAAUGUGCGAGACAAACAUUUCACGAGAUGUGAAAGAGGGCAAUAACAUCUACUCGAGGAAAAGAUAUAUAUUAAAUUCGAACAAGAUAACUACAAGCUCUAGUAUUGUAAUUUGGAUCAUAAACUUUAAUCAUAAAGAUGGAACCAGCUCAUCAAGAUAUUCUCCUCCAUUUGAGGAAAGAUAUAAUUGAUGAUCUAGAUAUUGAUAAUGACAUUGUAGAACCUUUAGCAUCUAAUGAUAUUUUAAAAACAAGGGAUAUUCAGAGCAUUUAUACUGGGGCUACUAAGGAAGAGAGAGCGGAAAAAUUGUUAGAUAUACUUCCAAGAUGUGGCCCAUAUGCUUUUGAUGUUUUUCAUCAAUCCUUAAAACAUCACUACAUCUGGCUUAGCGAGCAAGUAGAUAAAUUGUUAUGUAAUUAUACAAUAGAAAACAAUGGAGAGAUAGAUUAUUAUGUUGGACCUCUUAACAUGCCACCCCUUUCUCCAUUGACAGUUACCAGAGAAGAAAAGAUUACACAGUUGAGGAUGGCUUUACAACAAUUAAAGCCCACAGAAUACAUUGUGUUACAUGGCAUGAAGGGAUUUGGAAAAUCUAGUCUAACUGCCAAUACUCUCAAGGAUAUAAGAUUAGUGAAAAAUUUAUUUUCUAAUCAAAUUUAUUGGAUUAAAUUUACAUGUGAUCGUUCAGUCGAUGAAGAAAUAUUAAUUCAGUUAAACACACUCUAUCAUAAUGUGAGGAAUUUGGAAAUCCAACCAGAAUCUUUCACUCCGCUAGAGCAAGAUUCUUUGAUCCGAUUUUUUAAAUAUUAUUUUGGCCAGCAAGAUAAUCGCAAUGCUUUACUGAUUUUAGAUGAUGUGUCUGACAAAAAUAUUGUAAAUGCUUUUGAUUUUAAAUGUAAAACUCUAGUUCUCACUGCUGACAUCAAUGUUCUAGAAGAAAAAAUAUUUAAGAAAAUAGAGAUGAAUGAUGGAUUUACAGAAACAGAAACAUUAGGUUUAUUCGCUAAAGUGCUGGAAAUGGAUGUGGAUAAACUACCUAUAGAAGCAAAGAGAAUUCAUGAAGAAUGUAAGGGUAUGCCAUUACUCAUUGCCAUGUUUGCUGCGCAAUUUAAAGAAUUUAAAUACGAUAUGAGAAUAAACACUAAUAGAUGGAAAUAUUAUCUGGAAUCCUUGAGAAAAAAGGAUGCAAAAAACAAAGUAAUAAGAGAAUUUUUUAAGAAACAAGAAACUAUUUUUGAUAUGUGUAUUGGACAACUACAACCAAAUUUGAAAAAAUAUUAUAAGAGUCUAGCUAUUUUUAAUGAAGAUGUUAACAUAACUUCAAAGACUCUAUCAAUUCUCUGGGAAGAAGAAGAUAUAUAUCAAGUUGACGAACUGAUGCUUGAUUUGUGCCAUAAAUCACUUGUAGCAAAAAAAUGGAAUAAGGAUUUGAAAAGUUAUAUUUAUGGUGUGCAUGACUUACUGCUAUGUCAUCUAAGGACGAAACUAACACAAGACGAAUUGAUACAGAUGCAUAAAUCUGUUAUUGAAAAAUAUCGCGAACAUUGCAAUAAUGAUUUUUCAAAAUUGCCAGAUGAUAAUUAUAUUUAUUCUUAUAUUGGCCACCAUUUGGAGGAAGCAAAAUUAUUUGAAGAAUUUCCGAAACUUUAUUUGGACUUCAGUUUCAUUCAAGCUAAAAUAAUGCAUUCGGGUUUAACAGAUCUAUUACUGGAUUUACAAAAAUACAAAGACUAUAUUACAUGCUCUAAUAACGAGUACAAAGCGCAUUUCUCUAAUAUCGAAAGAUUUCUUCAAGAACAAGCAAACAUUAUAGUAGAACAUAGACGAAAGAAAUGCUUAGAUAUAAUUCAAAUCGCAAUGAACCAUCCAUAUCAAGACUAUGUCACGCAAACUGCCAAACAACUAGCUAUGAAAAAAGGGAAUUACCUAUACUUAUCUCAUGAUAAAACUCUCGAAAACGUGAAUAUAUCGUUAAUUCACGAAACAUCAACGGAUAUCUGCACGUCAUCUUUCACAGAUUAUUCUCAUUUGAUUCUGAUUGGAACCACAAGGGGUAAAAUAAUUUUGUGGAAUUGCAAAAACAUGCAGCAACAAGUUUUUAAUGGACAUAACGAAGAAUGUUCAAUUAAAAAACUUAUUGUAUCUACGAAUGGUGAUUGCUUCUUAUCGUUGAGCAGUGCUGGCAUAAUAAAGCUAUUUCCUCUUCUGUUAAACGAUGCAUUUGAACCCAAUGAUCAGGGUCAUACUCAUAUGGAGAGCCCACGACAAAAACAAAGUGCCUGGUCUAACAUGUUUACAAACAAUAAUGGUUUAGAUGACAGUGUAGUAGAAUUCUCGAUUAAAGAUGAAAUGAUAUUAGACAUGGCAUUUGGAUACGAAGACCAAUACAUUGCUGCGUGCACUAACAAAACAAAAAUUCGGAUGUGGAAUCGAAAGGGGGAACUUGUGUUUACUAUAAAAAAAGAUCCUACGGAAAUUAUAACGAAAAUAGCGUUUACUGCUCAAGCUUCGUUACUACAUGUAAUAGAUGAAUCAAAGAUGACCUUUACUGUAUACUCCAAUUGUAGCGAUGAUUACACUGCUUAUCGAUAUCUUGCCUGUUACAAUCUACAAUUAAAGAGCGAAAAGGUCAUUUUUUUUCAUCAUGUACCCAGACACAAAGACUCGUUAAUGAUUGCUACCGAAAAGCAAGCUAUAUGUGUAAAAUGGUGGUGGGACGGGGACAAUGUGUAUAGUUUCUGUAAACAAAGAAAGGUGUUCAUUGAAAAUAGUCCUAUAACUUAUGUUUGCGCAACUAUAACUUAUGAUGGUGAAUAUAUGAUUAUGGCUGAUUCUGCGGGUUUUAUAAAUGUAUGGCAAACUUCGGGUGGAUAUCCAAUUAUUGCUAUUUACAAAAGUCGUGUCACAUCCUUAGAUACUUAUUGCUUAGAAGAAGAAGGCUGUCAUAUUAUAUGCGGAAACGGAAACAGAUUAUUUUACAAGUGGAACUUUCCAAUACAAGAAUCAAAUACAAUACCAAGGAUAUGUUUAUUUGAUGCAAUAGUUAAGCCUUAUGAUGAAACAGACAUUAUAGUCAAAGAGAGCCAGCUGAAGAAAAUAAUAGUUUCACAUGGGGAAGAAACAAUAGAAGUUGAGUCAAAAGAAAAAAUAGUGAACUUACAACUUUCUCCUGAUGGAAAGGAAGUUGUAUAUGUUACAGAAAAAUGUAAUCUUAUGUUAUAUGACAUAACAACUGAAACAUCCUAUACUAUUUUGAAGCUGGAAAAACUAAAUAUAUUUCUGAAGAUUAUAAACAUUUGUAACUCUAAUGUAAUAGUGUGUGGAUGGAACAAUAGUAAUUUAAUGAUGUGGCAACAUUCUAAACAGAUAUUCGGAACCGAUAUACCUGCAGGACAUAUAAUCGAUAUUCACAAAUUAAAUAACAAUCAUAUGGCAAUAAUAACACAGAGUGACAUAAAAACGAUUUGGUUUAAUGAAUGCACUGAGACUAUAUCUUGGGAAUUAAUAAGUCAAGUUCCAUUUGAUCUGCCUUCAGAUGUUACAUUUAGUUGUUUUAGCCACAACAAAACUUACUUAGCGGUCUUAAAUGAAUCAAACCAAUUAGUUUUAUACUACUUUUGCAAAAAUAGGACAGUAUUAUUACCUUGUAUAGAAAUUAAUGAACAGCCUUAUACUUGUCCAUUUUCAUGGAAAGCAAUUUGCUGUGAUAUUUCGCAAAAUGAACAGUAUAUCGCUGUUGGAACUGAAAGAGGACAAAUCAUUAUUAUUGAUAUAAGAAAGCGGACAGAGAUCAUUCAACUAUCUUUCCAUAACAAUCCCAUUACACAAUUGUUUUGGGCUCCGACUACCGUAAAUGUUCCGAUUUUACUCUCAGUGACAAAUAAUGAACUAGUUUGGUGGAACAUUGCUUUAACAAAGAGUAAUGUAAAGAGAAGUCGAAUGGGUAUUAGGUCCAGUAUAAGUACUCCAUCACUCAGCUUAAAUGCAUUUAGGAACCUACAAAUACCUUCUAGCCGAAGCCUAGAUGCCGAUAUAUCUAAUUUACAAAACAAUAAUGUAUCAGACACAGAUAUUACUGUUAGCGCCGUUCGCACUGUGAGUGAAUAUUGGAUAAACAAAAUAGGCAGAGAUCCCGAAGUACCAGAAUUAUUAGCAGUUGUCGAAUUGCCACCAAAUCCGGACACGAAACUACUUGUUUCUACAGAUUUUUCCAAAUUCAUUACAAUUGACAUGUAUGGAUCUAUUAGUACAUUUAAACUCAUCGAUUACAAUAUUUCAAAAUUAUACAGAUGAAUUAAUUUAAUAUGCAAUACUGCAAACGUGCAAUUAUAUGUGAUAAUAGUAUUACUGCCGCAGGAUGUAAAUACAAAUUAAAAAAAAAAUACAAUUACCAAUGCAUUUAUAUUGGUUAUUGCAAUCUGAAAUAUACAAUAAUAUUGUAUUGUUAUAUAAAAAAUUAAAAAAAGAAACGCUAAUUUAAUAUAUAAUGCAAUAUAGAUUAUAAUAAGAUACACAAAAAUUAAUACGUGUAUCUAGAAUGUUUAUAAUGACAUAAUAUCUGUGUUUUACUGCAUAUUACAUAUGCUCAAGUUUACGUUAAUGAAUUAUAUACACAUAUAUCUAUUUAUAUUCCAUACUUAAUAUCAACGUUGCUACCACUUGCAUUUAUCGACAAAUUAAUCGUAAUUUACUACUUAUAUAGUAAAGCUCAUUAUUAAACAUGCAUUUUUUUAUAAUGGAGCUUUUCUCGCUCUCUAUAUGUCUAAUAAGUGCUACUACAAUAUAUUACAAUAGAAUAGUUGGAUUAAUAUAUUUGUGCCAUCGAUAAAAUCCUUUGAAUAUCCUUAAAAUAUACUAAGCUGCCAAAUAUACAUACUUUACAAAUAUAUUUUUAUCCUCUUGCAAGUUUGCUGAUUUUUGAUAAAUGCUACAUCAUUUUUAUUGAAAGUAUUUUAGAAAGUUCUUUAGAAUAAAUAAUAUAUGUGUUUAUGACAAUUGUAUCUUUUAUAUUGAAGACUUCAAUCAUUGCUUUUUGUAGUAGUGUUAUAUUAAAGAUUUAACGAACAUAAGACUGAUCAAUGUGAAAUGAUGGCUCAUGAAUUUCACUGGAUCCAUCCAGUUAAAUAAUCGCUAUGUAUAUACGGCAAUUAAUGGCAUUACACACAUACACAUAUUUAAUAUAUUAUAUGUAAUUCAUGUGCCUUAUAUAUAUAUAUUAUAUAUAAAUAUGUAAGAACUCUUUUAAUAUGUGCAUCUGUAUAAUGUAUUAUAUCGCUGUCCUUACAAAGCUAUAUUGUGAUUGAAACUUUUCUAUCUAAUAUUAGAUUGUAUCUAUUUUAAUGUUGAAACAUUGGAAUUGGAAAAGUUUCAUCAAAUUUAUAGUUGUAUCUCAUAACUACGUAAAAUAAGCGUAUCCUUUAUCUUUGAUAGAAUUUUGUAAUAGAUUUUUUAUUAUUUUUUUUAUAUAUCUCGAUUUGUCAGUUCUUAUUUCUGUUAGUGUUACGGAAUAAAGCACUUUUCAAUCUUGUUAAGUUAUCACAUAAAGUAUUGCACGAUCUUGUAUGCUUCUAUUGCAUACAUCAAAGAAAAUAAUUAUAUUUCAAUAAGAGAUGCUUUUUAUACGUAAUAUUCAAAACUAUCAAUAUAUUGUACAUUUAUAAUGUAUUGCGAGCACAAGCUAAACUGAACUGUUUAGAAAAAACGGACAACUGAUCAGUUAGACAUUAUAUAUUUUAAUCCCUUAAGCACAUUUUUUGAAAUCAGUUAUUUGUCCGUUAUUUACAAUCGCUUUGUAUUGUAUAUUUUGAAUUAUUGUUACAAACAUAUGUCGAUAUAAUAAAAAUUAUAUACAU